UAUCUGGUUUAAGUGGAACAAAUGGAUUUCCUGGAGUGAUUGGGGCAAUUGACGGAAGUCACAUCAAAAUUGACAAGCCAAAGAACGACCCCGACUCAUAUUUAAAUAGAAAACAUUAUUUCUCGAUUCAGAUGCAAGUUGUUUGUGAUCAUACUCGCAAAAUAAGGGACAUAUUUAUUGGAUAUCCAGGCUCCGUUCAUGAUAGCAGAGUGUUCAGGACAUCACCAUUGUCGGAAACAUUAGCAGAAAAAUGUGGAGAAUUGUACUUAUUGGGCGAUAGUGGAUACCCCUGUCAACGACAUCUGUUAACGCCCUUUAAAGAUAGAUGUCAGCUGACUGAAAACCAACGUAAUUUUAACGUUAAGUUAUCUUCAAAUAGAUAUGUAAUUGAACAUUGUUUUGGUUUACUGAAACAAAGAUUUCGACAACUAUUUCAUCUCAAACUUAAGGAUAUUUCACUAAUUGCAAAUUUUAUAAGAGCUUGUUGUGUUUUGCACAACUUAGCAGUAGACAAUGGUUUACUUGUAUUGGAUGAUGUUGAAGAUGAAGUAAAUAAUGACAUUGCAGUUCAAGCUGUAGGCAAUAUAGCCAACAAUGAGGAGGAUGAAGCUGACAAUGGAGAUGGAAUUCAACAUAGAAAUUUUAUAGCAAAUAAUGUUUUAACUAGGUAG